AUGAUAAAGCCUUUUAUCAUCUCUUCUUUCUUUCUUUUUCUUUCUUCCUUUAUCCUUUCUUUUUUUCCCCAAAUUUUUUUUUCUUCUAUUUUUUUUUCUUUUCUUUUUUUUUUCUUUCUUUCUUUUCUUCAAAUUUUUUUUUUCUUUUCUUUUCUUUCUUUCUUUUUUAUUUAUCUUUUUUCUUUUUUUUUUUCUUUCUUUCUUUUUUUUUUCUAUUUUUUUUCUUUCCAACUUUUAUCUUUUCUUUCUUUCUUUUCUUUCUUUCUUUUUUUUCUUUCUUUCUUUCUUUUCCAACUAUUCUUUCUUUCUUUCUAUUUUCUUUCUUUUUUUUUUCUUUUUUUUCUUUCUUUUCUUUUUUUUUUUAUUAUCUCUUUUCUUUCUUUCUUUUUUUUUUUUCUUUUUUUUUCUUUAUUUUUUUAUUUUUUUCUUUUUUUUCUUUCUUUCUUUCUUUCUUUCUUUCUUUCUUUCUUUUUCUUUCCAACUUUUUUUUUUCAACUUUAUUUUUCUUUUUUUUUUUUUUUUUUCUUUCUUUUUUUUCUUUCUUUCUUUUUUUUUUAUUAUUUUUUCUUUCUUUCUUUCUUUCUUUCUUUCUUUUUUUUCUUUUUUUCUUUCUUUCUUUCUUUUUUUUUAUUUUCUUUUUUAAUUUUUUUUUCCUUUCAUUCUUUCUUUCUUUCCCAACUAUUUCUUUCUUUUUCAUUUUCUUUAUUUUUUUUUUCUUUCUUUCUUUCUUUUUUCUUUCUUUUCUUUCUUUUCUUUCUUUUUUUCUUUCCAACUUUUCUUUUUCUUUUCUUUCUUUAUUUUUUUUUUCUUUCUUUUUUUUCCUUUCUUUUCUUUCUUUCCCAACUUUUCUUUUUUUUUUUCUUUCUUUUCUUUCUUUCUUUCUUUUUUUUUUUCUAUUCUUUCUUUUUUCCCAACUUUCUUUCUUUUUUUUUUUUAUUUUCUUUUUUUUUUCUUUCUUUCUUUCUUUGUUUUUUUUUUCUUUUUCUUUUCUUCUUUAUUUUUUAUUUUUUUUUUCUUUUAUCUCUUCUUUCUUUCUUUUCUUUCUUUCAUUUUUUCUUUCUUUCCCAACUUUAUCUUUUCUUUCUUUUUUUUUUCCUUUUUUCUUUUUUCUUUCUUUUUUGUUUUUCUUUUUUCUUUUUUCUUUCUUUUCUUUUCUUUCUAUUCUUUCUUUCUAUUUCUCUUUUUUCUUUUCUUUUCUUUUUUUUCUUUUUUUUUUAUUUUUCUUUCUUUAUUAAAAUUUUUCCUUUUUUUUUUCUUCUUUCUUUCUUUCUUUCUUUCUUUCUUUCUUUUUUUUUUUUCUAUUCUUUCUUUCUUUUCUAUUAUUUCUUUCUUUCUUUCUUUUCUUUCUUUUCUUUUUUUUUUUUUUUUUAUUUCUUUUUAUUUUUUUUUUCUUUCUAUUUUUCUUUCUUUCUUUUCUUUUUUUCUUUUUUUUCUUUCUUUCUUUCAACUUUCUUUUUUCUUUCUUUAUUUCUUUCUUUCUUUCUUUUCCUUUUAUUUUUUUUUCUUUCUUUCUAA